AUGGCUCUGGUCUACCAGCUGCACUCGGACUGGCCCUACAACAUCCUGCUUUGGAAACAGCCCGAGCGCGUCGGCACUCCGAGGGUCCUUCAGACCUACCUGGCGCAGCCCGAGGCGCUCCGGUUCCUGGUGAACUCCAACUUCGCCUCCAAGGACAUCUCGCGGUUUCGAGACUUCCAUCAGGUGCGGGCGAUCUGGCAGGGUGGGCAGAAGGAAGAGGUGUGCCUUUACGUCAUCAAGGACUACCAGGGCCACCCUACCUUGGAGGCAGGCUGUGCUGCUUCGGAGACGGAUGAAGCAGAUGGCUGGUGCUGCCUCCCACUUCUGAAGGGAAUCGGAGAGACCGAGGGCUACCAGUCUGGGCAGGCACUGAGUGGUUCAGAGCUCCAGAGCCUCUGCGCCUCGGACCUCACCCGAGUCGCCGCAUUCCUGCGCUCCGAUGCCUGCAAGUCCGUGUACGUACUCACUGGUGCCGGUGUUUCAACGGGCGCGGGCAUUCCAGACUUCCGGUCGGCUGGUGGUCUCUACGACUCCAUCCGCCCCGAGCUCAUAACUGCCAGCUUCAUAGAGCGCCAGAAGAUGAGAUUUGAUCCUACAUAUGUGGUUGAAAGGGACAUGUUCUUCCAGAAUCCCUUCCCCUAUCUGGAGGUAAGGCGGCCGUUUAUUCUCGGCACGCAUAGGCAGCAGUGGAAGGCAACCAUUUCUCACUGGUUCAUGAAGUUUCUGGAAGAGGAGGGCAAGCUGAAGCGAUUGUUUACGCAGAACAUUGAUGGCUUGGACUACCAGACUGGUAUUUCGCCGACACGGGUGACGAAUGUCCACGGCAGCAUCGCGCGCGUCUCCUGCGAAGGCUGCGGAAAGGAAAUGCCGUUUGACGACUUCUGUGCCCAAGUCCGUACCAACAUCAAGGACAUCUACAAAACGGAUCCAGAAGCUCCGGAAGAAUCCACCACCAUUCCCUGUCCGCACUGCCAGCGCCCCCUGGUCAAGCCCAACACCAUCCUCUUCGGAAGCAACCUUCCGGAAGAGUUCUUCGGUCGAAUAUCCAGGAGAGAGGCAGCCCGUAGCAGUACGAACAUGAACACCACCAACAAAUGA